CAUAAACCUGUGCUCAGUUUCUCUUCCGAGUUUGUCGCGAUAGGAUGGCUUCAUUUUCGGUACAGUGUUCGCUGGUGCUCGUGAGCGUCUUGGCGGUGAUCGCUUUGACCAGUGCCGCAGCUAUCGAUGAUCGUCAACCGAGUGAAAUCAACCGGGGUAGUUUGGUGAGGAUCGCGAGAAGUCCACAGCAACCCCAAGGGUUCCCGAAUUUCCCCCCACCACAGUUUCCCUUCGGCAAUCCGGAAAUAGUCUCGCAAGACACGCAACAGAACAAAAACGGUUACGCGCAAACGACGAUCUACAAGUUCCCCAACGGGAUGGGUUCGUCAUCCGUGUCCACAAGUCACUCGGGUUCGUCCAAGCUGAGUGGCGUCACCUGGAGUAUGCUGGGUGCGGGCAUCACUUUACUGCUACUUAAAAUGCUAUACUAAAAGCGUUCCAAUUUUGGUGUGGAUGGAUGAUUCAUCCGGUCACAAAGUAAACUUUAAGGCUACAAUGGGUGUGAACAUUUGCAGAGCAGAGCUCAGUGGAUCGCAGUUUCUUUCGUGUUUUUUUUGGCAGAGUUAUUGAAGCAGUGAUGUUUUGGAUUUUACUGAAACGAUUAAAAUGAAAAGACGUUGAAAAAACGACAAUAAAGUAUUUAUAUGAUCGAGCUAAA